AGUAUUGCCAUCUGACAUGAACCGCAGAACCAUCCUGGUUGUGUGGGAUCAGCCGGCCAUCUUCAGGCCAUCUUCAGGCCAUCUUCACGCCAUCUUCUUCACGCCACCACAAGCUAAGGAGGCGAUUUGAGAUUGAGAACGCAACGUCAGUUAAGUAGAUCCAGGGUGCAUCCAACUCUCAUCUACGUAUCCAUUCGCUCCUCAAAAUAGUUAUCUUUUGGAGCUUGAACCAUGGAAAACUUCAAAGCAAAACUCUUGUUGCUCUUUUCAAUUCUCGUCUCAGCGACCUCUGGACAACAGGACCAAUUGGGCGCUCGCCUCUCUGGGCUGCAAUCCAACCAAAGACGAUCAGACUCACUUGACACAAUUCAACAAAGAAACUUCUUGGAAACUAACGAUUAUGAGUACGUGGAAGAUGUGUCUGCACCCCGGCAAAGGCUGCGGACACCUUCUUCCUCCUCCUCCUCCAGACCAAACGGCUUCACUAACAAUUCUCCACUAUCCGCGGUGUCAGACUGCCGAUCAAAGACCAGACAUAGACCCCAUGAGAAAUACUGCGACUUGUACUAUCACACUACUGGAUGCGACGACGGUCAGGCCUUGUUGAGAUCUUGCCCCAAUGGCUUGGUCUUUACCGGCACCGGACGACCUGGACUUAUGGGUGUCUGCGACUAUCCCCACAAUGUGGAAUGCCAAGGCACCAAACACAAUCCUCGUAUCAGUACUGAACAUUGCGAUUGGUUGUAUGGUAUUUUUGGACACGAGACGUCUUGCACGAGAUACUGGACUUGUUGGAACGGAACAGCCACAGAACAAUUCUGCAUUGGAGGCCUUUUAUACAAUGAAGAGACCCAUGCUUGCGACUGGCCUCAGAAUGUGGUUGGAUGUCAAAAGCAUCCAUUGUGUAAGGACGAUCCCAAUGGAAAUGUUCGUCUGGGAAAAUCUUGCAACCGCUACUGGUCUUGCCAAGGGGGCUACCCGCGUCUUCAAAGAUGUCCAGCCAUGUUAGUUUUCAAUCACCAACUGAAGCGUUGUGUUAACCCUCCUACUGAUGAUUGUUCAGUUCCUGAGCAACAGCCCGAAGAAGAAGAUGAUGGGAACGAUAACAACAACAGCAACAACAACAACAACAACAACAACAACGAUGGUGAGGGAAACGGGCAAGGAAACAGGAGGAAUCAGAAUAAUCAAGACAAACGGAGAGGUGGCGAUGGACAACCAAGACUGUCACAACAACAACUUCCCAAGAACUUCCAAUUGCCUGAAGGUGCCACACUCUUGAGUAGGCCAUCAAGUUAAACGAAACCAUGAACAUUGGUGGUCUCGAGGAUCAAUCAUUUUCAACAUGAUCUGAAGUAUAUUAACAUGAUAUGAAUCAUGAAAAUCAUUUUCCAAUAAGAGAAAAAUAUACGUAUAUGUUUAA